CCACUGUUAUGGUAGACGGCUUCUGUGAACAACGAGCGACGCUGACGUGAAUCUCGGGAUUAUAGGUUUACCUGGAGCUACUCGAACUCAAUUGUUAUUCAUUAAUGUCACCAUGGUCGGUAGAAAUCCCAGUCCACCCCGCCGACAACGAGCAUGCGCUCCUUGCGCAAGAGUCAGAGCAAAAUGUCACUUCCGGGAAGGGAAUCUGGAGAAGCAUAUUUGCGAUAGGUGUGAGACUAUGAAGAAGGACUGUUUCCCACAGAAUACUAGAAGUCUGAGAAGACCUCGCAGAAUUAACCACGGUAACGGGUAUGAUGAAUGCGAACUUAUAUGAAACGUAAAGCUGAUUACCAUGAACAUUAUAACUUCCGAAGAGCAAGAACAAGUCAUUACUAUGGGCACAAAUAGUUCGUCAGAGUUUACUAUUUUAAGCCAUAGGAACCGGGCACAGCAGCCAGGCCGAGACAGCAAUAACAACCAGAAAGAACUGGGAUAUGACAACUCUGCCAGGAAUCCAACCCAGACAAACACAAGUUCAGAUAGGGGCACUUCACAGCCUCCAUUUGGGCUAUCAUGGCCACAGGCAGCUCAAGUUCUUAGCCUCUUCCACGAAGGAUUCACCUCCCAAUUCCCCUUCGUGACAGUCGGGAGUCAUCACACUGCCGAAUCACUGCACAAAGACAGUCCAUUUCUAUUUCGUGCUAUAAUGAUUGCCGCUGCACCAUUAUCUGAAGCUGGGGUGGCCAAGGCGAGACGCAACAUACUCGCAUAUCUGAGCUUUAGGGUAAUGGUCGAAGAAGACAAGACCUUGGACAUACUACAGGGUGUACUGGUGAUUAUUGCUUGGGCGCACAGGUGUCACAUCGACAAUAGUCAGGUCACCAAUCUGGCGUAUCUUGCUCUUGGCUAUGCACAUAACUUGGGUGUUACACAAGACAUGUUGUCAGCUCAAACAACCAGCGCAGGAACAUCUGACAAAGCACAAAUGACAAAUUUGUUGGCGGCAAUACGAGCUCUUCUCGGACUUUAUUGCGUUCUCUCAAUUAUGUCAACGAGACAAUCACGUCGAAAUCCUCUCGACGUACCCUACGUGGAGUCCUAUCUCAAGAUUGUCUCCCAAGCUCAAGCAACACCAUCUGAUCCUUCAAUAGAGUAUAUCGUUCGGUUCGUUCAGAUGGGUGAGAGACUUUCAAGAAGCUUUGGCGAGCCACAUGAGCGUACGCUGUUAAGCCCAUAUGCUGUGCUUCUCGAAGGAACUGGAAGUCGUUUCCGCAAUGACCUGAGUCGUCUAGCAGAGUCAGUCCCCAAUGGCAAUGUUGAAACAUACAGCCAGACGUUUGAGCUCUACCGUUUGUAUCUCUUAGUGCGUCUCUUUGAGCCAGCAAUUAUCGUGGCAUGCCACCCUGAUGAGGGUGUUCCUCAGUUCGUCUAUCUUUUGACAUGCUUACGCAACUGUCUUCAGGCAAUGCAGUCUUUUUUCGCCCUUCUUCUUGACUCGCCCGUUGAUCUGCUAUUGCGUCGUUCAAUACUUACCUACGACCAAAUUCUCUAUGUCAUGUUACAAGCUGCAAAGCUACUUCUAGUUGAGAUUCCUGACUGGGAUACUCGGUCUGUUCGACAGACGCUGGAUCUCACCAAUGUACUAGAUCAGAUGGUAUCACGUUAUGGAGAAGCAGAACGAUUGCGCAGGGCAGCGGUGGAACAAUUCAUCUUUUCAGCACUCGAGGAAGAAUCCACGAAUGAGAUGACUAGUACAUCAAAACUGGUAAAGGAAAUACGUUGGCUAAAAUACUGGCUCGAGUCCAGAUUUCAGGGGUCAUCGGGAGAACUUGAGGAAGAUACAUACCAGGGUGCAUUGAAACCGUCCUGGUCUCUGGGACUCUUGGAAGAAAUGCCCUGGAAGAUUGGAAACAUCUGAUUGAAUUUUUCACUGUAGUCACCGUUCUUUACCAAAGGCUGGGGUCUGAAGACGUGCAUACGAACUCAUUAAUGCAUGAACGAGGGGCGGUUGAAAUGAAUGUUCGCAAUUGCAGGGUAUCAUAGUUAAUCUCAGGAAAAAUAAAAUAAAGACACCACCAUAACUCCUAGAAAAUGCCAAAAUCGUCGCCCAUAUCUUACAAUCGUGACAAAAUGUCCCGUAACACCACGACCCUAUCACUCAUCGUCAUUAGAGAAAGAAGUCUCAGAUUUGUCAAUAUAAUAGCCCUCGAGAGUAUCUUCUCCAGAGAUCUCGGACUGCUCAUCACUUGACCAUGCAAAGCUAUCUCCUUCUUCGGACAGCUCAGAUUCUUCGACAUCAUCAUCAAAAAGCCCCUUGAUGAGCAAGUCCCAACAAUCAGGAUCAGCCAUGUCAAGGCCCUCAAUUCUAGCACGCCACUUAUCCAGGAUGUUGCCCUCUUCAUCAUAUGGCUCUCGUCUCAUCCAGCCAGUCCAUAGAGCAAUGAUCUUUGAGGCAGUCAUAGCGUCGACCUGGAACCACUCCUUAUGGCGAAUGUUGCAAGCUGGGCAUCCUUUUUCUCGCUUCCUUUGGUUCCAGAGCUGAGCAUGUACAAUCUUCUCGACCUUGACGUAGUGCUCGGCCGGAAACUCACCGAGCACUUUCGCCUCGUAGCUGCACUGGUAUUUCCAUUCUCGCAUACGCUUGCUGACAUCUUGAGCAAAGCCUAUCUUGAUAUAGGGAUGUGCGUCGUGGUAGCUCUCAGAAUAUGUAUAGAGGUAGAUGUUGCCUCCAUUCUUUGUCUCCUUUUCCUGCAAGGAGCAAAGCAGAAGCUUCUUCAUCGCUUUAUUGGUCUCUAGGGCCGAGCGGGGACGGGAGAAGUCUUCGAACUCAUGUGCGGCUUUGGGGCUUUUAGGGGAAGGUGAUUUGGGUAGGAAGAGCUUUGGGGACGGUUUUGUUGGAGUGGAAGGGGGUGACUGAGAUCUGCGACGAGGAGUGGGAGUAGGUUUGAGAGUAUUGCUCUUGAGUUGAACCUGUUGUUGCGAUGACACAACAGGAGUGGUUGGUGAUGUAUUGUCUGUUUCUUUCUCGGGUUUGAGAGUAUCUUCCUUGUCUUCUUUUUUGAUAAGCACAACUUCAAGGGGCUUAAGGAUUUUCUCCCAGUCGGAUAAACGAAGAGGACCAUCUUUUCGAUGGUAACGCCGACACAUGAUCAAGUCAGAGACUUCUUGGAGUGCGGUCUGAGCAGCAGAAAAGGUUCCAUGAAUAAUUGUUUUCUCCAAGAGACAAGUGAUAAGGGCCGAAUUGGCUUGACUGAUGUCUUUCCGGCAACGAGAAUUCUUCUUCGUAAAAGCAUGGCAUUUCUUCGCGUCAGGAUCGAUGUCGAGAAGCUCACAGAGGGAGGCUAUAGUAGUUGGCCAAGCAAUCUUGGAAGUGGUAGGGAUCAUAUUGGACAAGUCCAGGAGCCGAGCUUCGUGUGAACUGGGAUCGAGCUGUAAAAAGAAAAGGCUGGUGAUGGUUUCUAUGCC